GGUCCUUCUACACUCUUCUUGGGCUUCCUCCGCCGCAGUCAUAUAUAGACUUGCGGCUGAAGGAAGCUGGCGUGGAGAGACUACCCCUAGAAUACAGCAAGCAUUUGCGGUGUUGAUCCGUUGCACCGCAUUAUUAUUCGAGCUGAAGCUGCAGUAGCUUGCUGCACUCCUAUGAGGUGCGACGAAGAUGUGCAAGAGGUGCAAGAGGUGCAAGUUUUCUCCCAGACGUUUGGACGCAGUAAUCACCAGCGUUGGCCAAUGGCGAAAGGUGAACAUACGCCUUCAAUGACACUAUCACAGAUUUCGAGCACUAAGGAUAGCGUUUGGAUCACAUUCAAGUACCUACAACAAGCUGGUAACGGCCUUCGUCGCCCUCGGAUCGCUGACCUACGGCUACUGCACUUCGGUCAUCAGCAGUACUAUCGGGCAACCAGGCUGGUAUCAGUACUUCGAUCUAACGCAGCAAGGCCAGCCGGGCUACGCUGGACGAACUACAGCUACGAUCGCGACCGCCAAUGGAGUCUUCAGUGCAGGCGGUGCCUUUCAGCCAUGAUUGCAAGCUAUGCUGGUACUACGAACAAGGUCGGCAACGGGUUCGGGAUCUUCUUCAUGUUUCUAUACCUGGCCUUCCAAGGCACAGGCUGCGACACCACCAUGUACCUUUGGGUCUCCGAGAUCUUUCCGACAGAGAUCAGGUCGAUCGGUAUUGGUUUUAGCCUCUUCGGUCAAUUCGCUUCGACGAUUGUCCUCCUGCAGACCGCGCCGAUUGGCUAAGUCGGCUGGAAAUAUUUCUUAGUUGUCAUAUGCUGGUGCAUCGUCUUCAUUCCAGUUGUCUACCUCUACUUUCCGGAAACAGCCAGGUUGACAUUAGAAGAGAUCAAUCAAAAGUUUGGCGAUGAUGUUGCGGUGCAUCUUACUGAUGCUACAGCCGCACAACGACGUGCACUGGAUCAUGCCUUGGACUAUGAUGCACAUCUGACCACCUACUCUAUGGUCGGCUCUGGGGACAAAUCCGCCAGAUCUGCCUAAAUGCGUUUCGUUGUCCAGAGAUUCACUGGCACGAGAGAUUGACAUGCGUGAAAGCAUAGACGAGUACGAAUCUUUGCGAGAGUAUAGGUCUAGGUAGUUGAAGUUGCCAUGUGGUCUGUAAGACUUUGAGCAGCUAAGUCUGCGAACUACACAUCGUCUUC